GUCCAGAUGCUGCGCGAGAUGAUAGCGGCUCAGAUUGCCGACUUGACAUGGAAGUGUCCCCAUUCCCAUUCUGAUGGAUCAUCAUUAGCUGGAUUAGCUGGAUAUCUUGUUACUCUGCGUUGUCGGAAAGCUUAUGAUCUGUCGACAUUGGGGCCUUUAGCUGAGAAUCUUGUUCAAUCCUCGAUAUCUCAAUUUCUUGAGUCGAAGAUGAAAACCCGCCAUGCUCAAACUGAUCCUAGUGAUGUCACUGAACAAUUUCUUUCAGGGUAUUGCGAGGCUCAAUCCCUGCUUCAAGAGGGAUGUCAAACAGCAUGCUUGGACCUUCUCUCCGAGGUUGGCCCUGUCAUGAUUAAGGAUGGAAAUCUUGUGAUCAACCUUAGAGGCAUUGGAGGAGAUGAGCUCCCAGGAGACCACGGUAACAUGACCAUAGACAGAAACUAGACAAACUUUAGGAAUUAACUUUUUAGUUUCUUUUUUAAAUUGGACGUCGGAAUUUUGUUUGUUGAUGCUAGAAGCCUAUAACUAUUUUUGUGAAUAUAUUAUCUUCGCAAUUUUGUUUUUCAUGUGUGAAUAUAUUCUUUCUUAUUCCUCACUAAUUCGUAGUGAUCUGUAUGCCUCCGAUUUCGUAGCCUUUGUUAGUUAUUGUUGCAUAUUGGUAGAUAGAAGGUAUCAAAUUAUUGCUUCUGUUGUCAUUCAAAUCCUUCAAAAUUUAUUGUUUGUAUCUACACAAUUUUCCUGAUGUGCUGCUAGAUCAAUAUCCUUUGAUGACUACUUCUGCAUGGUUUGUUUUUCACACUUA